GAAGUUGCAGGUGGGGAAUGAUGGGGUCCCAGGACCCCACGUGCUAGGAAGUUACUAUGGGAAUAGAGGGGCUUCAGGGGAAGGAUGUGAGGGCGGGGCUAGCAUAAGGGGCGUGGCGGUGUGGCGCGCAGCUCCGCGCGCAGCUCCACCCCCAGGAACCCCCUCGCUGACCCCGCUCCCCAUCUAGCUGUUCCAGAUGCCGCUACCUGUCGCGCUCCAGUCCCGCCUAGCCAAGAGGGGCCUGCUCAAGCACGUGGAGCCUGAGCCAGAGGAGGAGAUCAUUGCAGAGGACUAUGAUGAUGAUCAUGUGGACUAUGAGGCCACACGGCUUGAGAACCUGCCCCCCAACUGUGGUCUACCCUAUUACUGGAAUGUGGAUAAUGACCUGGUGUCCUGGCUGUCCCCUAAUGAUCCCAACUCUGUCAUCACCAAGGCCAGCAAGAAGCUAAAGAACAACCUAGAGGCAGAAGAGAAGCCUGAGCGCCUGUACGAGGAGGCUAAGGAACGGCGGUUCCAUCGCCGGGAGGAAAUUUCCCCCUACAGCAAGAGCAAAAAAGGGAGCCGGAAGGAUGAAGAGCUUGACCCCAUGGACCCCAGUGCCUACUCAGAUGCCCCCCGGGGUACGUGGUCGACGGGGCUGCCCAAGCGCAACGAGGCGAAGACUGGGGCUGACACAACGGCUGCAGGGCCCCUGUUCCAGCAGCGACCCUACCCCAGCCCUGGCGCUGUGCUGCGUGCCAAUGCCGAGGCCUCACGUGCCAAGCAGCAAGAAUGACUGGGCCUGGAUGACCCUGGGAACUCUGAGCCUCCCCACAGGGACUCCAGGACCCCCCCUUAAACCUCACAGGCCCUCUCUGGGACUGCUUAGGCCCCCCAGACCCCCUUGGGAUCCUCUAUAGAGUCCCCCCAUGGGGAACCCAGGAUCCCUCCAGUCCCCUUGAAACCCUUUGAUUCCCCUAAAGCCCACCAACAGGGAACCCAGGACUCUUCCAGAACCACCCCCCCCCCCAGGGAGCUCAGGACCUCCCAAUACCCCCUGCCCCAGUCCCCCUCCAUGGGAACCUACUGUCACCUACUGGCAGUGAGGACCCCCAGAGCCCCCUUUUUGGUGUCCCAGCACCCAUACAGAGAUCUCCCUCUUUGGGGCCCUUAAACCCUGCCCCGGGAAUCCCUCAGACCUCCUUUCCAGUGCCUUCCCUGCUCAGAAGCCCAUAUGGGGACCCCCCAGACCCCACCCAAAAUUCCCUGUUUUGAUAUAAUAAAGCUAGUGCGGUGGA